GAGAUGAUGGAUGCGCGGUAGCCCGGGGGAUGGCGGAGCGGGGCUGCCCGGGGCCCCGCCGCGUUCCCAUUGUUAUUCAGGGCCGGGGAUUUGCGGCGCCGGUGCUGGGGCUCGCUCAGCCCUGAAUGUCGGUGAAGGCGAUCGGUAUCGGUGGGCGGCUGGUCAGUCCUGAGAACCGGCGGGGGUGAGGGCUGGUACCCAGCGGUCGGGACUAGUGAUGGAUGCGGCGGGAGAGAGAUCCUUUGUGGCUCUGGGCAGGUCACGGAUGCCGUAUCCCGCCGUGGUGCCCUCGGUCUGUGAAAUUAACGGUGAUUGCACUUAGUAAGAGAAGCAAGGAGGCUGAGACGGCUUUCCUGAGCGUGUACAAGCAAUUAAUUGAAGCUCCAGACCCCGCGCCAGUGCUGGAGGCUGCCCGGAGCCUGGAGGACCGACUGCAGCAGCUCCAGCGCCUCGAGCCUGAACCGUCCCCCCUGAAGGAGCUCGGCCGCCCCUGGAAGAAGCACCCAGAGCUCGUCAGCAGCAAAGAGCACAGAGAGGGGACAUCACCAGCGGCUGGGCUCGCAGCUGAGCCCCUGCGCUCCAGCAUCGACAGCAAAGCGCUGUGCGCAGAAACCUCGCUGCAGAGAAAUGAGGCAGAGAAGCAAAAGGGGCUGCAGGAAGCUCAGGUCACUUUGGCUGCUCGGCUGGGAGAGGCAGAGGAGAAGAUCAAAGUGCUCCACGCAGCGCUGAAGGCCACGCAGACAGAGCUGCUGGAGCUGCGGUGUAAAUACGAUGAGGAAGCUGCAUCCAAGGCAGACGAAGUAGCCAUGAUCAUGACGAACCUCGAAAAAGCCAACCAGCGAGCGGAGGCGGCGCAGAGGGAGGUGGAGAGUUUGCGAGAGCAGCUGGCGGCCGUGAACAGCUCCCUGCGCCUGGCCUGCUGCUCCCCAACGGGCGCUGCGGGGCAGGACAAAGUGAACUAUUCCAUGUGCUCAGGGUCGAGGCUGGAGGCGGCUCUGGCCGCCAAGGACAGGGAGAUCCUGCGACUCCUGAAGGACGUCCAGCACCUCCAGAGCUCGCUGCAGGAGCUGGAGGAGUCCUCGGCCACCCAGAUCGCUGAGCUGGAGGGACAGCUGGCCGCCAAGAAUGAAGCCAUCAAGAAGCUGGAGGAGAAGCUGCAGGCACAGGCAGACUAUGAGGAGAUCAAAACGGAGCUGAGCAUCCUGAAGGCGAUGAAGGUGGCCUCUGCCAGCUGCAGCCUCCCCCAGGCAAGUGCCACGGGACGUGCCGACCCGCUCGCCGGGCUGGGGUGCCUGUGCCAGCCCCGCUGCCGGGGGCUCCGCUGCCCCUUCCCAUCCCGGCUUGGCUCCUUGCAGAGCGGAUCCAAGGCGGAGGAGGCCCUGCUGCUGGGGAAGGAGGCGUUCUACCCCUCGCAGAAGUACCUGCUGGAGAAGCCCAGCCUGUUGGCCAGCACUGAGGAGGAUCACUCCGAAGACGAGUCAGGGAAGGAUUCUCUGGGCGUGGAGCAGCCAUACCCGUCCCCCCAGCACGCCCCGGUGGAUGAACCCGCCUCCCCCACUCCCAUCCCGCCUCUGCCUGGCCCCGGCCUGGCCCCUGAUGGCCCCCGGAAUUUCUCACUGUCCCCAUUCCCGGGGGGCGAGCGGCUUUCAGGGGACCCCAAGACCCCCCACCUCCCACCACCUACUUUCUUCGGGGCCAAAAGUGGUGCUGUCCCCCCCACCACCGUGCCAGCCGCCAGCCCCCCCGGCACCGAACCAUCUGAUGGCAGCACUGGCAGCUCUGCCGACGAGGAGCAGCUGGACACGGCCGAAAUUGCCUUCCAAGUGAAGGAGCAGCUGCUGAAGCACAACAUCGGGCAGCGGGUGUUCGGGCAUUACGUACUGGGGCUGUCGCAGGGCUCGGUCAGCGAGAUCCUGGCCCGGCCCAAGCCCUGGCGCAAGCUGACGGUGAAGGGCAAGGAGCCGUUCAUCAAGAUGAAGCAGUUCCUCUCCGACGAGCAGAACGUGCUGGCCCUGAGGACUAUCCAGGUGCGCCAGAGAGGUAGCAUCACGCCACGGAUCAGGACGCCAGAGACCGGCUCUGACGAUGCCAUCAAAAGCAUCUUGGAGCAGGCGAAGAAGGAGAUCGAGUUGCAGAAGGGAGGUGAACCUAAAAUGCCAUCAGCGUCGCAGGCGGUGGCCAACGGGGCAGGUGGCAGCAGCUCGGAGGAUGCCAUCAAGAGCAUCCUGGAGCAGGCACGGCGGGAGAUGCAGGCACAGCAGCAGGCGCUGCUGGAGAUGGAGUCGGGGGGCAGCGGGCGCCCCGGGGACACACCACCCGCCGAGCGCUCCACCUUGGCCACUGUCAACCAGAACAUCGUCCCCACAUACGUCAAGCAGGAGGAGGGGAGCAGGACCAGCCCCGGCCCCCCACAACCUCCCCUGGCCGUCCUGUCGCCUGCUGCCUUCGUCCAGAGCAUCAUCCGGAAGGUGAAGUCGGAGAUUGGUGAUGCUGGUUCCUACUUUGACCAGCAUUGGGCAUCUGAGCGGAGCCUGAUCAGCCGACCCUACACCUCUGUCUCGCCUUCGCUCUCAUCCUCCUCCUCAAGCUAUUCCAGCAUGGCCAAUGGCCGGGGCUGGCCGCGGGGCGAGCCCAGUGAAGGUGGCACCAAUGAGGAUGAGAUGCCACCAGCAGAUGAUGAGCCCCAGGUGAAGGUGGAGGGAACCGGUGCAGAAUCGGUGGCUGGUGGUCGUCUCUCCUACUACCCCUCCUACGUGCCACGGACCCUCAAACCCACCGUGCCGCCGCUGACACCAGAGCAGUACGAGAUGUACAUGUACAGGGAGGUGGACACACUGGAGCUGACCCGGCAGGUCAAGGAGAAGUUGGCCAAGAAUGGCAUCUGCCAGAGGAUCUUCGGAGAGAAGGUGCUGGGGCUGUCCCAGGGCAGCGUGAGUGACAUGUUGUCGCGGCCCAAACCGUGGAGCAAGCUGACGCAGAAGGGUCGGGAGCCCUUCAUCCGCAUGCAGCUCUGGCUGAGCGACCAGCUGGGCCAAGGCAUCAGCCAGCAGCCGACCCCCUCCCAGGCCAGCCCAGCGGAGCCCCAGCCAUCCCCUUCACCACCCCCCAGCCCCACCGAGCAAGAGAAGGGCUGCCAGGAGCCCUUGACCUUGGCCUUGGAAAGCAGCAAAGAAAACCAGCAGCCUGAGAGCCGCUCGACGCCGGUGCUGGGUGGGAAGACGUAUCCCAACAACCAGGGACCCCUGGGCAUCCAGGAGAUCGUGGCCAUGUCUCCGGAGCUGGACACCUACUCCAUCACCAAGAAGGUCAAGGAGGUCUUGACGGACAACAAUUUAGGCCAGCGGCUGUUUGGGGAGAGCAUCCUGGGCCUGACACAGGGCUCGGUGUCCGAUCUCCUCUCCAGGCCCAAGCCAUGGCACAAGCUGAGCCUGAAGGGGAGGGAGCCCUUCGUCCGCAUGCAGCUCUGGCUCAACGACCCCCACAACGUGGAGAAGCUGCGUGACAUGAAGAAGCUGGAGAAGAAAGCCUACUUGAAACGUCGGUACGGGCUGAUGAGCGCCGGCUCGGACAGCGAGUCCCCCAGCACCCGCUCUGAGUGUGCCAGCCCUGGCCUGCAGCCACAGGACCUCAGCCUCCUCCAGAUCAAGAAACCACGGGUGGUGCUGGCCCCGGAGGAAAAGGAAGCCCUGAAGAAAGCCUACCAGCUGGAACCCUACCCCUCCCAGCAGACCAUCGAGCUGCUCUCCUUCCAGCUCAACCUCAAGACCAACACUGUCAUCAACUGGUUCCACAACUACAGGUCACGAAUGCGCCGGGAGAUGCUGGUGGAGGGGACACAGGACAACGACACAGACCCUGAGCAGAGCAGCGGGGUGGCUGUCCCCGGACGCCGAGCCCCCCACAGCCCCGAUUCGGAUGCCGAGGACCAUAAACCCACCUUGGGGAAGGGCGAGCAUCCCUGCACCGCCGCCACCGCCUCGGUGAAGGUGAAGGAGGAACAGGGGGAGGCGGGCGGCUGGAGCCGCCGGCGGGACUCGCACAGCCCCAUCGGGGGGACCGGACCUCCCCAGGAGGAGCGGGGAACAGCCCCCCACGCCGCAGCCCCCAGCGCUGGCAGCCUCCCACGGCGGGGGGGACGUGCCGGUGCUGCCACCACUGGGGGACCUCCACCACCGCCACCGCACCCUGACAGCUCCCAGUCCUCAGCGGGGUCAUCCCGUUGCAGCUUGGAGGUGUCCCCGACAUCACCCUCAGCAGCCUCCUCGCCUGGCCUCGCCGGCUCAGCCUCACCAGGACCGUCCUCUGCCGGGCCAGUGUCACCGGCGCUGCCACCGGCUGCCGGCCCCCGGCUCAGCACCAGCGUCCAACGGCGUCACGAGAAGAUGGCAAACCUCAACAACAUCAUCCAUCGCCUGGAGCGGGCCGCCAACCGCGAGGAGGCCCUCGAGUGGGAGUUCUGAGCCCCCCCAAAUAUAUAUAUACACACCUACAUAUACAUAUAUAUAUUUUGUUAAAUGCAGCACGCACCGAGAGGCAACAGGUGGCCAGCGUGACAAAGGGGAGCAUCCAUGGAAAGGGGGUAUGAAGCUACCCCCAGCUUUGUUUUAAAUGUGAAAAACUGGGAACAAUUUUAGAAAAGAAAAAAAAAUAUUUAUAGACCUCUUUUAGAUAUUUUAAUAAAAGGAUACUUUGGAAUUUAUUAACAGCUUAAGCUGCUUUGAUAUUAAAGAUAGCUAUAAAAUCAA